CUCCCGCUCGCUUUCUCGCUACCUUCCUCAGCUGAGCCGAGAGCAAAGCAUUAGCGGAGCCGCCCUUUUCUAUUUAUAAUUCCCUCCUCCUCACCCCUACAAGAAUCGAGAGCCAGGAUAAAGUCAAUCAUCAGCUCAGCCUCAUCCCGUUGCGCGUGCGUCCGUGCGUGUUGCCUCCUGUGAUUGGGUUUCCGGUUAGUUUCUUGGCUGUUUGAGAAUGGACGGCGCUCCGGUGGCCGAGUUCCGGCCGACGAUGACGCACGGCGGCCGCUUCCUCCUCUACAACAUAUUCGGCAACCAGUUCGAGAUCACGGCAAAGUACCAGCCGCCGAUCAUGCCCAUCGGCCGCGGCGCCUACGGGAUCGUCUGCUCGGUGAUGAACUUCGAGACGAGGGAGAUGGUGGCAAUCAAGAAGAUCGCAAACGCCUUCGACAACAACAUGGACGCCAAGCGCACGCUCCGGGAGAUCAAGCUCCUCAGGCACCUCGACCACGAGAACAUAGUAGGCCUCCGAGAUGUGAUCCCGCCGGCGAUCCCGCAGUCCUUCAACGACGUCUACAUCGCCACCGAGCUCAUGGACACGGACCUCCACCACAUCAUCCGCUCCAACCAAGAACUCUCAGAAGAACACUGCCAGUACUUCCUGUACCAGCUGCUGCGCGGCCUCAAGUACAUCCACUCGGCGAACGUGAUCCACCGCGACCUGAAACCGAGCAACCUGCUACUGAACGCCAACUGCGACCUCAAGAUCUGCGACUUCGGCCUCGCGCGGCCGUCGUCGGAGAGCGACAUGAUGACGGAGUACGUGGUCACGCGGUGGUACCGGGCCCCGGAGCUGCUGCUCAACUCCACCGACUACUCGGCCGCCAUCGACGUCUGGUCCGUCGGCUGCAUCUUCAUGGAGCUCAUCAACCGCGCGCCGCUCUUCCCGGGGAGGGACCACAUGCACCAGAUGCGGCUCAUCACGGAGGUGAUCGGCACCCCCACCGACGACGACCUGGGCUUCAUCCGGAACGAGGACGCCAGGAGGUACAUGAGGCACCUGCCGCAGUUCCCUCGCCGGUCCUUCCCGGGACAGUUCCCCAAGGUGCAGCCCGCCGCGCUGGACCUCAUCGAGAGGAUGCUCACCUUCAACCCGCUGCAGAGGAUCACAGUUGAAGAGGCGCUCGAGCACCCGUACCUAGAGCGGCUUCACGACGUCGCCGAUGAGCCCAUCUGCACGGACCCCUUCUCCUUCGACUUCGAGCAGCACCCUCUGACGGAAGACCAGAUGAAGCAGCUCAUAUUCAACGAAGCCCUCGAGUUGAACCCCAACUUCCGAUACUAGACGAUUCAUUCCUAGUUGCCCAACCCCCAAUAGUAUGAUUUCGGUGUAAAACUGUCUGUAAAUAGGAGUAAGAUCAAAGAACAUGGUAGGUUGCGCACUGCAUUUGUUUGUUUGUUCCGUGUAAGUUGUUGCUGCUUCUUCAGACCUUUGUCCCUUGGCUAUGCGAAUAAAAAAUUUGGAGUAUGAUUUGAGAGCAAAUCAUUCUCUAGUCUACGAAGAAAUAGAUUUUAUUAAUCAGGUGGAUGCUCACCUGAUAUCA